AUUGAAAGAAAGGAGAAGAGGAAUGCUUUGAAGUCAAACCUGACGCUUUGUGCCGCGCGUCAAGUGAACCGCAGCCUUGAAAAGGCACCUUACUUCUAGGGACACUUGUGGUUCUGGAAAGCAGCCCUAGUUUGAAAUUACACGUGUGGUGCGACCAACGACACAGCACAUGUCCCAUGUUGAUGAUGGGUUAUGGGCACAUGGGUCUGGGUGCAACAUUCGUGUUUUAAAUGGAUAGAUGAAAUUAUUCCCUGAUAUUAUUUCGGAAUAAACGGAGAGAAAAGAAGAAGAUCACAAUGAAGACACAGAAAUGGGAAGAACUGGAUGUGCGAUUGAGUGAUCCUAUACUGCAAACGCUCAAAGAGUUGAGAUUUUUCAACAUGACACCAGUUCAGGCAGCAUGUAUACCGUUAUUAUUGAACGGUAAGGAUGUUGCAGCGGAAGCGGUUACAGGCAGUGGCAAGACACUCGCUUUUCUUAUUCCUCUACUGGAGAUAUUACAAAAGCGAACUGAAAAAUGGAAGACUAUGGAGGUAGGAGCGAUAGUGGUUAGUCCUACGAGAGAACUGGCUACGCAGAUUAGUGAAAUUUUAAUCAAGUUUUUGGAGAAAAUACCAUCGUUGACACAAGUAUUACUGGUUGGCGGUGUGACGCUUAAGAAAGAUGCAGAGAAAUUGAAGAAAGGAGCUAAUAUUAUUGUUGCCACACCUGGUAGAUUGGAAGAUAUCUUGUCUAAUCGUACGUCCAUCAAUUUGAAUCUGUGUGUAAAAUCUUUGGAAUUUCUUGUAUUAGAUGAGGCAGAUAGAUUACUAGACUUGGGAUUUUCUGCGACUUUAGAUAGUAUUUUAAGCUAUUUGCCACGUCUUAGAAGAACAGGACUGUUUUCUGCGACACAGACGAAAGAACUGCAGCAAUUGAUUAGGGCAGGACUGAGAAAUCCAGCGUUAAUCGUUGUAAAAGAAAAGUCUAAUGUCUCCACGCCUGUAAAUUUAAAAAAUAAUUUCACACGUGUCCAUCCUGAGUACAAAUUGCCAGUGAUGAUAGAUUUUAUACGAUUAAUAGGAUUUAGAACCAAGUACAUGAUAUUUUUACCUACCUGCGCGUGCGUGGAUUAUUUCAGUCGAGUUAUACAGGCACUAUUACCAUCGAUAAAUGUACUUGCUUUACACGGUAAAAUGAAAAGCAAGAGGUAUAAAGUAUUCGAUAAAUUUCGACAUGCCGAAAAUGGUAUUUUAAUAUGCACAGAUGUAAUGGCUCGUGGAAUCGAUAUAUCAGAAAUAGACUGGGUAUUACAAUAUGACCCUCCCUCUAUGGCUAGCAGUUUCGUACACAGAUGCGGUAGAACCGCUAGGAUUGGUAAUGAAGGAAACGCAUUGCUGUUUCUUCUAGAAACAGAGAGUGCGUAUGUAGAUUUCAUUAAAAGAAAUCAAAAGGUCGAACUGCAUCGAAUGGAAACAAAAUUGAACGAGGAUACCGUUGAUGAAUGCUUACGGUGUAUGAGGCAGAUGCAACAAAAGGAUCGACUUAUGUUUGAUAAAGCCAACCGUGCCUUUGUUUCAUAUGUGCAAGCGUAUAGUAAACACGAGUGUAAUUUAAUUCUUCAGUUAAAAGAUAUCGAUUUGGGAAAAUUAGCUAUGGGUUUUGGUCUUUUGAGAAUGCCAAAAAUGCCAGAGCUCAAGGGGAAGAAUGUGUCAUCUUUCGUUUGCCCUGAAAUCGAUGUAAACGCGAUACCUUAUGCAAACAAACAACGUGAAUUGCGUAGGAUUAAAAAAUUGAGCGAAUACCAGAACACUGGCGUUUGGACGAAUAAUUACAGAUGUAAGCGAAAGCGAACUGAAUCCUGGUCUGAAACCAAAAAGAGAAAACUCGAGAGACAAGAGAAACGAAGUAAACGAAAGGAGAGGAAGGAAUUGAAACAAUUUUCAACAACUUGCAAUAAAAAGAAGAGGAAGCGAAUAAAUGACGAAGAUUUUGAGCAAUUGGCGAAAGAUAUAGCAUUAAUUAAAAAAUUUAAGAAGAGGAAGAUAUCGCAGGAAGAAUUUGAUACGGCUUUCGAAGUCUGAAACUAUUGGACAUAAUUGCGCGAGACAUGUUUAAGAUAUACUUCGAUCAAAAUUCUCAUUUUCUUAAUAUUUUCACUGUACGUGGUUCUCUCAAAAUAUAUUAUACAUGUGAAACUUGGUAAUGUAAACGCACA